UCAGGUACACAAUUGUUCUUUUCAUUUCUCUCUUCACAUUUAUGGACGUAAAUUGCCAUCAGAAUCCAUCAAUAUACUCAGAGAAUCUAGAAGCAGCUGCACGCAUAACACUCGAAUUAAUUAAUGGAACAAAUAAUUUUCGUAUGCAUGGAAAGAAGGCAAAAGAUGAGAGAUGGGUAUGGAAUGAUGGAAAAGAAGGUCGCUACAUCUAUUGUGUACGAGAAGCUAAAAAUCCAUGCCAAAAACUCGAAACAGACACUUGCUUCGGACAAAAUAUCCCAUAUAAGAAUACAAAUCAAGACAUGACAAAUUUCUUCAGUCAAGAUGUUGCACUGGAGUUUCUUCAUAGUUAUCAAGCACUUAAGCAUAUACCAAAAUGUUGGGCAGUCAUUCAGCCAUUCUUAUGUGCUGUUCUGUUCCCUAAAUGUGAAAAAAUUAAUAAUAUGGACAUGAUUUACUUACCGUCAUUAGAAAUGUGUAAAAUAACGAUGGAACCUUGUAAGAUCCUCUACAAUACAAGCUAUUUCCCUGAAUUCCUCAAAUGUAAUGAAUCAGUUUUUCCAUCAAAAUGCAACAAUGAUGUGAGGGAAAUGAAAUUUAAUAUUAGUGGACAGUGCUUACAUCCAUUAACUCCAACAAUUGAUCCAUCAAACAGCUAUAAAGAUAUUGAAGGAUGUGGAUUAGAAUGUAAAGAUCCACUUUAUACAGAAGAUGAACAUCGACAAAUAAGAAAGUUAAUUGGAUGGUGUGCAAGUGUCUCAUUGAUUCUUCAUCUUUUUGCCAUCUUUACAUUCACAAUUGACUGGCAUAAUGGAAAUAAAUAUCCAGCCUUAAUAAUCUUUUAUGUAAAUUUAUGCUACAUGAUAUCAUGUAUUGGAUGGUUGGCUCAGUUCUUUCCUGGAGCGAAGCAGGAUAUUGUCUGUAGAUUUGAUAAUACAUUAAAGCAAGGCGAACCGAGUGGAGGAGAGAAUCUAUCAUGCAUUUUAGUGUUUAUAUUAGUUUAUUACUUUUUAAUGGCAGCUAUGUGCUGGUUUGUAAUAUUCACAUAUGCUUGGCACAUGAGCUUUAGAGCAAUCGGAAAGAUACAGGAGAGAAUUGACAAGAAAGCGUCUUAUUUCCAUGUUAUAGCUUGGAGUAUUCCACUUGUUCUUACUAUAACAAUUUUGGCAAUUUCUGAAGUCGAUGCUAAUAGCACUGUUGGAAUCUGUUUUGUUGGAUAUGUUAAUCAUCCAAUUCGUGGGGGCUUUGUGCUUGGUCCAGUUAUAUGCAGCUUGCUAAUUGGUGGAUACUUUCUUAUAAGAGGCAUCGUUAUACUUAUCAAUUUGAAGAUAUCAAGCAAACAAAUCAUAUCGACGCGUGCUAAUCAGAAAAUUAGGCAGUCAAUUGUGAGAAUGGGAAUAUGCUCAUUGUUGAUGUUUAUUUUUAUCAUUACUACAAUCUUGUGCCAUAUCUAUGAAUUUAAAAAUUCUGGGAAAUGGGCGAUGAGCUUAAGGGAGUCGAUUAUAUGCAGAAUAACAACGAUGUAUUCAGAAGAGGAUGCGUCAUCGUGUCGAAUGACUUCUAGGCCAUCAAUUUCUCUCCUUCAGCUGCAUUUAAUGUCAUUAUUCUUAUCAGGAAUGGUUAUGGCUUCAUUUGUAUUUACACCUUCAUCUUUAGAUAUUUGGUCUAGGUACUUUCGACGGAAAAUUUCCGGAAAGGUCGACGAACCGUUGAAACUUCAAAAGCAUAAAGUCAUUGCUCAAGCAUUUGCAAAAAGAAAAGUCUUCCAGAAUCAAGGACGUUUAUCUAUAAGCUUCCAUAAUUCGCACACUGAUCCAUGUAAUUUAAAAUUUGAUAUAAGUGACAUGAAUUCUGCUGUUGGAUCGCAUGAUUUUAGCUCAACAUGGGCUAAUAACUUGCCACGAUUUGUAAAUCGGAGAUAUGCACUGACUGGAUGUCCAUCAUCUUCCAGAUCAUCACAUGGACACAGAAGAAACUCAAUUGACUCAGAAAUAAGCUUUUCCGUUCGUCACGUAUCAGUUGAGUCGCGUAGAAAUUCUAAUGACUCACAAGUUUCUGUAAAAAUUGCAGAAAUGAAAACAAAAGUUGCAAGUCGGUCACGUGGAUCCAAAUCAAAGUCACGAUCAUCAAGACAUCAACGACGAGACUUUACAUCCAAAAGAUAUAGCCGAAAAGAAAGCAGCACAUCAAUGGAAUCACAAAUUCUUCAAAUUGCUCAAAGACAGGGUGCUCAUCAUUCAGCAAUAGAACCAAAUAACGAAAUGGCAUUGGUUCCAAUGUCACAUCAUCGUCGACGGUCUGGAUUAAUUGCUGAUUUGAGUCCAGAACAAAUUAAUGAAUUAAUUGCAAAGAAUCGAUUUCUUUUGCCAUACUUAACUACUUCUGAGGACGAAAAGUCUUCAGUUGGCUCAUUUAACAUCCAAGACUCCAAAUUGGAUGCAAUUUUAAAGCAAAUUGGACUCUCAGAACAUAAAAUAAUAGAAAAUAAGUUAAAUAGUGAUCAUCACGAUGGAGAUUCAGGUGAAAUUAAGAUAAGAAAAUCAAUUAAUGACUACUCAGACUUGAGUAGUAAAGAAAAUAUUGCUACGUUGGGUAGUCGUGCUAUAAAAUCCAGCAACAGAAGUAUAAACAGCAAAAAGGGACUUAAAAUGCCAAAUAGAGCAAGAAAAGGAAGAAAAUCAUCACGAACAAUCACUCGAAAUGCAAAUCCUUUGAUAUCAGGCUCGGGCAAGAUGAAAAUUGAUAAGAAGGAAAUGAGGAAAUCCAAGGAUAAAGAAAACUUGAAAAAAUCUCAAGAAGAAUCCUUUAAUUCACUUGGUAUUGAGCUUACGUCAAUGAAUCUUCAUGGCUCAUAUUCUGGUCGCAGUGAUAUUGGAAUUCAAACUGAAUUGGCUCAUGAAUCGUCCACAGAAUUUAUUGAUAAUUUUACGACACGAGAAAUGGACGAUCAAGAUGAUGAUGAUGAUGAAAUCACUGAGGAUUAUAAGCUACUGAAUAAGAGAACUUCCAUAAGCCAUUCGAAACGUCGAGGCACAAAUGACAUUACACUGACCGAGUCAGAGAAGUUGAAACUCCUUUUAUUACCGUCGAAAUAA